AUGGAGCACGGUGUCGUCGCCGCCGGGAAGCCCAAGGUGGUCUUUGUGCUCGGCGCCACAGCUACCGGGAAGUCGAAGCUCGCCAUCGCCCUCGCCCAGCGCUUCAACGGUGAGGUUAUCAACGCUGACAAAAUCCAGGUCCACGAUGGCGUGCCCAUCCUCACGAACAAGGUCACAGAGGAAGAGCAGGCCGGGGUGCCCCACCACCUGCUCAGCGUGCGCCACCCCGACGCCGACUUCACCGCGGAGGAGUUCCGACGCGAAGCGGCCGGCGCCGUCGCCCGGGUGCUCUCGGCGAGCCGCCUGCCAGUCGUGGCAGGCGGGUCCAACACCGACAUCGAGGCGCUGGUGGAAGGCGACGGCGCCGCCUCCCACGCGGCGCACGACCUCCUCUUCGUCUGGGUGGACGCCGAGCGGGAGCUGCUGGAGUGGUACGCCGCGCUGCGCGUGGACGAGAUGGUGGCCCGCGGGCUGGUCAGCGAGGCUCGCGCGGUGUUCGGCGGCGCCAGGGCUGACUACACCCGCGGCGUGCGCCGCGCCAUCGGUCUGCCUGAGAUGCACGCGUACCUGAUGGCGGAGCGCGAGGGCGCCGCCGGGGAGGCCGAGCUCGCGGCCAUGCUGGAAUGCGCGGUGCGCGAGAUCAAGGACAACACCUUCCGCCUUGCGCGCACGCAGACGGAGAAGAUCCGGCGCCUCAGCACGCUCGACGGCUGGGACGUCCGCCGCAUCGACGUCACUCCCGUGUUCGCGCGCAAGGCCGAUGGCAAGGAGUGCCACGCGCAGACGUGGAAGAAGAUGGUGUGGGAGCCAUGCGAGGAGACGGUGAGUGCUUUCCUCGAGCCGUCCCUGACAGCCGUUCCAGGCGUUGCAGUAACUGAAGAAGGGGAUGGUAGCCGUGAUGCCGGCGUCGUCGUCGCCACUGCUGAACCCGCGCGCGCUGCCGAGGUCGCCAACGCGAUUGCUGAUGCAACGGAGACCAUAUAG